AUGGACACAUCAGAGCUCGAGCCUUCAAAGCUCGGUACGAAAGAACAUUGGGAUAACGUUUACGAAGAAGAAUUGGAGAACUUCGGUGAAAACGGUGACGAGGGUGAAAUAUGGUUCGGCAAAAAGGCGAUGAAUGAAAUGAUCAAAUGGGUUAAUCGACAUGUCCCUUCACGCCCUGAUAUGUCAGUCCUGGAAGUUGGAAGUGGGAACGGUGCACUAUUAUUCGCGCUUGCGGAGGGACGUGGAAAAGCUUGCUAUCCAGCGCAUCGACUCCUGGGAAUUGAUUAUAGUGAAGGAGCCGUCCAGCUCGCUCAAUCGGUGGCGCACUCUCGAAAUCUUACGGCAGUUACGUUUAGAUUGUGCGAUUUCCUGCACGAGGACCCACCAUUACUCGCAGAUGAUCAGAAAGCUGACCAGAAUGGAGCUUGGGAUCUUAUCCUUGAUAAAGGCACAUACGAUGCCAUCGCCCUGAUGGAGAAGGACAAGAAUGGAAGGACCCCAGUAGAAGGUUAUCCGAUACGUAUCGCGAAGCUCUUAAAUCCAGGCGGGCAUUUUCUAAUUACAUCUUGUAACUUUACCGAUUUCGAGUUAGAAUCGAAGUUCAUUACCGAAGAAACCGGCCUGCAGUAUCAUUCUCGUAUAGAACAUCCAACUAUUUCAUUCGGCGGGAGCACCGGGAGUGCAUGUUCUAGUGUGGCAUUCACCAAAUCUGCGUAGUUAAGCAUUGUUAGAUUUUGGGGAUAUGGUCCAUCCCAGUCUGUAACGUCUCUUUUGCCACUGAACUAGCCCAAGUCAAGAACCCAUCCUCUCCUUUGAAUGUAUUAGACAUGAAGAAUACCAAUCCAAGGCCCAGGUUUUCGAUCCUGGAUGCCUUCAAGAAGAUCUCUUCGAGUGAUCCACGGUUCCUCAUGGAAGGAUAGUCUUUGGAGUCGUUGCUGAGCAUCGGUGAUGAAACCUGGCUAGCGAUAAACAGUUGUAUGAACAACUCUUUCAAAAAAGUGCGUGUCUGUGGCUUGAGCAUCGUGAAGUCUACAGGCUGUAAGAUCCUCGUUUCAGCAACUCCUUGCGUCAACUGUGCCCAGGCUCACCUUGAAGAUCGUCAGCGUACAACAAUCUUUGGCUAUCCACCAUGCGUAUGCUUUGGAGACGUUCUUCAUUC